GUGGAGGUAACUAGGAAACGAAGAAAUAAACACACUUGCCAUGAAGUGAAAGUACUUUUUUUGCAAAAGUAAAAGAAAUCUUCUUUGACAGUCACAGGGGUCUGUACCAGGAAAGUUCUUUCAAUGUGAUAAACUCCUUUUUGAAUGGGUCUUCAUGAAAAAGAAAAGUAAUGGAAAGAAACCAGGGCUUCUGUACAGCUUAUUCUUCAGAAAAUGUUUAGGAUGGGGUCUCUCAAAUCCUACAGCUGUGAGCAAUGUGGGAAUGAUUAUGUCAGCCGCACCGCCUUGAGGUAUCAUUUCCGAGUAAAACAUCUUGGAAAAGUUCACUGUGAAAAAUGUGGUCCGGAAGUUGUGAGAGAAACACUUCAGGACCAUGAAGCGGCCAACCAUGAAAGGAUGACUGCUGAAAGACAAGGGUGUUUCUGGGACAUGCCUCCAAAGAGGGAAGCAAAAUUUGUGUCUAUGGAAAUGUCUACCUCCUGCAGGAUGUGCCCAAGGAAGUUUGGAACAAUCCAUAGCAGGGAACACCAUGAGAAACAAGAUCAUCACUUCACAGCCAGCAAAAGAGCUCAAAUGGCCACUGGAUUUUCACCCGAUAAUAUCUUGGAUUAUGAAAAUCCAACAGAACUAAAGAGAUUUGUAGAAGAAAAGCUUCGACCCAUUCCAGGCCCAGCAAGCAUUGCCUGUGCAACAGAAAUUGAGGCAAUUAUUAAUUUGAUCAAGGAAUGCUUCCCAUUACUAAUAGCUCGGCUAAUCAAGGGAGGCUCGUAUAUAAAAGGAACUGAUACACAAGGCUGGUCUGAUGUCGAUAUAGUGUUAUUUAGUGAAGCCUUUGAAAAUCUAGAAGACUGCAAAAAGAAACUGCCAGAAGUUAUAGAUGAUCUUGGAAAAAGACUGAAGAAAUCUUCAUGGGCCAGCAGGAUAAUGAUGGAGAAAAGGACCCAGUCAUCCUUACGAUUUCAUUUCAAAUGCUAUAAGAAUCACCAUGGUCACUCGUUUGAUAUCAUGCCUUGCUAUGACAUGCUGGGGCCUGCACCAUCAACAGGUUUAAAACAGAGCUUUUACCACAAGAUCUAUCUCUGUAAUGACACUGAUGAAAUCCAGCUGUACUCAAUGUCCUUGCUGCAGUACCAGGUUGAGUUUAUCAAGGCAUCUACCAUGCCAUGAUUCGUUUGGUUAAGCACUGGUUCAGGACUUCAUUUGCUAAACCAACAGCACAAAAUAACUGUUUUCAGAUGGGCCACAUUCACUUCAGGAUUUGCACCAGAAAAACAGCGCCAGCAGCAAAAAUUCCAUGAAAAGGGAGGGGGCUACAAUGGCCCUGCAGCCAGUCUACUUUUUGCACAAAAAAUGGCCAGCGCUGCCCAUAGUGGUAGUGUGACUUGGGGUGAUUUGGGGUUCUUCCCUAUUAGCCUUCUCUGGCAGGGCACUGAUGAAGUCCCCAGUGGAAACUAAAGCUUCCUUCUCCAAGGGAACUAAAUGUGCUUUCCCUCUCUGCCAACUGCAAUAGUUCUCACUGGUGCAGGAAGGGCAUUAAGCAUUUUCAUGCAGUACUGGUGGUGCAUCUGGUUUCAGGUGGUGCUGAGGGUUUCGCAGGCUUCCUUCUUCCUAUGCUAUAGAGCUCAUCACAAUCUCCAGCUGGCAGCUGGCAGGGAAGCCAGUCUUUUUCAGCCUGAUUCAGGGAAUGAGAGCUAUCCUGAAGCUUCUGGUUAGAUACCCAGAAAUGUACAUGGUUUGGCACAAACACUACAGCCCAAACUCUACGAUUUUCAAAAAGGCAUUCCAGAAGCAAACCAGGCCGUUCGUUUUGGAUCCUGCAAACCCAACAUUUAAUGUGUGUGAGAACAGCAACGCUUGGGAUGAAGUGGCUCAUGUGGCGAGACUGAGUCUCCUUAAGCCUCUUUUUAAUGGUGUGCAAGCGAAGGAGCCCUGGCUUUUUACAAAUGGCUGGUAAAAAAUGAGAGAAAACAUUAGCCUGGUUGCAGUCCUGUCAAAUAGGUUUGUCAAUGCAUAUGACACAAGUCUGCCAAUAGGAAUAUUCCAAUAUAAAGAAAUGUACAUAAAGAAUGGUAGGGUGUUUUUUUGUUCUCUCUCUAAUCUAUUUAACAAACAAUUAUUUGUCAUUACUUCUGAAUGAACAGGACAGAAUCCAUUCUAGUCAGGGAAUUAAAUUGUCCCCUAAAUUUUUAUCCCUGUGUGAGGGACGAAGCUGAAAGAUAUGCUUCCUUAUGUUUGUAAGGAGCUCAAGCAUUAGAGCAAAGAGGGCAAUUUGUCACAGCUCCUACAACAGCUCCUACAACGUCCUUCCUUCCCAGCUCACUAGGGCAGCGCUGGAUUUCCAUAAACGUUUGAGCUUUGUUUACUUUAAAAAGGCCCCUGGAAAGAACUCAUUGGUUACACAGUAAAAUGACUAUAGCUCCAUAACAUCUGGCAAAUCACUAGGUUGCAAUAGAUAAAUGCUGGAAGGCUCUACACUAAGCUGUCUCUCAAUACAUCAUUUAUUUCCAGAAGUUAUGGCUGAUCACACAUCUUCUGAGUGUAAGAUGAAGGGAAGGUUGCAAAUAUAACAAAGAGUAGAGUUAAAUUAUGUAUCCAGACUCUACCCAUUGAAUUGUCUAUGGAGGUACUAACCAUUUUAGUCUGUAAAGACAGACUAUUUUGUAUACAGUUGCAACAGCAGUAAUUUGGGCUACAGAACAAAGAGCCCACCUGAAGGGGAGUUGGAAAGACUGCAUUAUUUUCUAGAAUUAUGGUCUGGCAGUGGUGGCUAUUACCAGGAGAAACAGCAUGGAAUAUGGGACCUGAGCCGACAAGGUGCUUGAGCAUCAUCAGCCCCUCCCAAAGUUCAGGCUAGUGGAAGAAACCCAACUGAAACAGAACAGGAGGGCAAUAGAAAGUGGGAAAGUAGUCAGCAUUAAUUUUUCUCUUGAGUAGCAUGCUGUGUUAGGCUUCAGGCAGUUACCUGAUUAAAUUACUUCACACUAGCACAGCAUAUCAUCUGGGAUCCAGGAUUUGGCGCCUAGUGAUUUUUAAUUCAGCUUUCCUUUGAUUUAUCUGUGGGCAGAUAACAGCUCACAUAAUUGAAAGAAAGGUAAGAAAUGAAAUUCUGUUGAAGAAAAAUCAAAUUAUUAGUCCAUUUUAAGUGUCCAGUAGGACUGUUUAUUUUAUCAUCUAAAUAAACACAUAUUAAAACUAAGUUAUUCCAACACUUUGCCAUUUACAAGCUGUUUAAAUACUUUGUGACAACGCAAUUCUACCCUGAUAGAUAGGGACUAUAUAGGUAGAUAACAAUCUUUUAUCAAAUGCAAAAUAGAGCAUGUACUGUUUACUGAUGCUGUAUAAAAUUCAUUGUACUCCAUGAAUCAUGUUUUGAAAACACAACCUGAAUGAAGGCUAUUUUUUCCAAAGUAGUCCAAGCAAACUAUUAGAUGUUAGUGCUUCAUUAAUUACAAUUGAAUUUGUUCUGAGAGAGAGCAACCACCACCCAGUCUCUCUCAUGCUGAGCCAGAUAAAUUAAAAAUUCAUAAUUUUCCAUUAUCUAAUAUUUGUUUUAAUGACAUAAUUGGCAAGAUUCUACUGCCUGAGAAUUUCAAUAGCCUUGGUACAUGUUUCUCAACUUAAUAUAGCAAAGUGUUGCUGUAAGAUGGAUUUCUACUUUCUCAACAAAUGCUUUCAUGUGAGGGUUCUUUCAGUCAGCAAAAAGUGAGAACUACAAGCACUAAAAAGCAGCUUGGUGCUACCCAGCACAGACUUCAAUCCCAGCUGCUGCUACAUUUGAAGAAGCUGUUUUCUUUUCUAGUCUUCUGUGGAAACUCCUAGUACAAUGAGCAAAAAUAAACUAAAAUUUUUUUUCUUGCCAGAAGAAACUGCCCCUUACUAAAUAACUUCUACCAGAAAUCUUGGAAACCUGACAAAUAUUUGCUGAUUUUUUUUCAUUUAUUGUGUAUAUCAUGGUAGUUCCUAGAGGCCAUUUGAGAACGGACCCCAACUGUGUUAGACCCUGUGCAAACAGAUUAAGAUACAAUCACUGCACAAAAAAGCUUGAAGACAAUUAACAUCUCAUCUACAGAGAAAAGAAUCUUGCAUGCAAUGUUUUACUUCACCAUGCUUCCAUCACCACUAGUAAGGUGAACGGCUUUCCAGCAGCAGUUCUGUCAUUCUUGUUGCACAAUUCCUGGUUUCCUCUUUCGCUUCACAGGUGGCUACCUUCCUGGACCCUAACUUUACUUUGGAUGGUAAAAGAAUGAGGCAGUUUUGUUUCAAAGUAUUCAUUUCUCUACAUUGAAAUACCUGACAAAGCAUUAAUGGCCGUUUCUUCAUAACACUGGGAGUACUAGAUUGGACCUGCACUAAUACUAAUUUAAGUCAGUUCAAUUUAUUGAAAAAAACUCCGUCAGCUGAUUUUGCUUGAGAAAGGACUACAGAAUCAGGCUCUUGGUGGUUAAAUAUGUAGUUGUAGAUUUUAAAAACAUUACUACAAAAUAAGCUAUGGUAUUUAAAAUAAUACUCUAACACCUGACAAUCAAUUAUUCACACUACGUUUUACAUAGUAUAAGUAAGUCACUCCACUCUAAUAUUUGUUGGCUUUUCUUUGCUUCCAUUUUUGUAAUAAAAAAAGUGUAAAAUUUAAAACACCUAAGGUCUAUCUAUACUGCAAUCACAGGUAUACAUAUAUUAGCUAAUUCUGGUACCAGAGCAUUGAAGCUGUGGCAGCAUGGGCUUCAGCACAGGCUGUACAAGUCCAUCCAGAACCCUACUCAGGUAGCAUGAGCUGAAGCCUGUGUUGCCAUAGUGUCACUGCUCUGGUACACAAACUACCAUUAGACAUAUACGGUCAAAAGUCUUGUGUACUGGUUUGCAGUUGUAAAUGCAGUGAGGCUUUUGCAGAAACGCUGUUUAUAAAUUGUGUUUUAGUUUGCUACUGGAAGAAUCUUUCUACAGUAACAUUGAGAAAAUAAACUACAUGGACUUGAGCAAUACUAUUUGCUUGCAUUGUCAAUAGGAAACCAGAAUGGUGCAGAAGAGUUUGUUUGCAUAAUAAGCCCCUAUGCAUAAAUCACCUAGUACUAGUAAUCUCUAGCUUUUUUGAUCAGGUCUGUAUGAACCCUGUGACCAAAUAUUUUCCUCAUCAGUGUACUAAGUUCUCUUGGUGAGAAACACUUUGUAUUGAUCAACACUGUCCUUUGCUAAUAUGCACUAAAGUUUUCUGCAGCAAUUUCCCAUUCAAGUUAGCUUUAAUAUACCAUUCAUAUAUCACUUAAUAGAGCAAAGAAUAGUGUUUUUGGGUUAAGCUGAAGCUGAAAAAUAUUUUCUUUCAAAAAUGUGAUUUCUUCAGCCCCUCUAGUGAAUACACAAAACAGCAUAUGAAAGUGACUAAUGGCUACUUCCAUGUGUAGCCUAACUACUACGGGUUUGUAGGUUAGAGUUCAGUGUUAUAAUCCU